AUGGCCGGGGUGGCCAGACAAGCACAAACCUCUCAGGAGUCCUACCACGACAAGGCCAGAGAACACCCUGAUGACGGAAAGCAUCCAGAUGGAGGCCUCUACAACAAGGGACCCUCCUACUCAAGUUAUUCCGGGUACAUAAUGAUGCCAAAUAUGAAUAAUGACCCAUACAUGUCAAAUGGAUCUCUUUCUCCACCCAUCCCAAGAACAUCAAAUAAGGUGCCUGUGGUGCAGCCAUCACACGCGGUCCAUCCUCUCACCCCCCUUAUCACGUACAGCGACGAGCACUUUUCUCCAGGAUCACACCCCUCACACCUCCCUUCAGAUGUCAACUCCAAACAAGGCAUGUCCAGACAUCCUCCAGCUCCUGAGAUCCCUACCUUUUAUCCUCUGUCUCCAGGUGGUGUUGGACAGAUUACCCCACCUCUUGGCUGGCAAGGUCAGCCUGUAUAUCCCAUCACGGGAGGAUUCAGGCAACCCUACCCAUCCUCACUGUCAGUCGACACUUCCAUGUCCAGGUUUUCCCAUCAUAUGAUUCCUGGUCCUCCUGGUCCCCACACAACUGGCAUCCCUCAUCCAGCUAUCGUAACGCCUCAGGUCAAACAGGAACAUCCCCACACUGACAGUGACCUAAUGCACGUGAAGCCUCAGCAUGAACAGAGAAAGGAACAGGAGCCAAAAAGACCUCACAUUAAGAAGCCUCUGAACGCUUUUAUGUUAUACAUGAAAGAAAUGAGAGCGAAUGUUGUAGCUGAGUGUACUCUAAAAGAAAGUGCAGCUAUCAACCAGAUUCUGGGCAGAAGGUGGCAUGCCCUCUCCCGUGAAGAGCAGGCUAAAUAUUAUGAAUUAGCACGGAAGGAAAGACAGCUACAUAUGCAGCUCUAUCCAGGCUGGUCUGCAAGAGACAAUUAUGGUAAGAAAAAGAAGAGGAAGAGAGAGAAACUCCAGGAGUCGACAUCAGGUACAGGUCCCAGAAUGACAGCUGCCUACAUCUGAAACAUGGUGGAAAACGAAGCUCAUUCCCAACGUGCAAGGCCAAGGCAGCGACCCCGGGACCUCUUCUGGAGAUGGAAGCUUGUUGAAA